GGCGAAAUUGCGGUGAGAUGAAUAAUUAAAAAGCAGUGGUCACUUGGAUACCCGUGUUGUUAGCAACACACGGCGGCGGCGGGACAUAAUGGCAUGCAUGCCAUCGACCCACGCGGCGCCGCCGCCGCUCCCUUGAUCACUCGGCAGGUGUCCGUCGAACGUCCGACACCGGCCAUGCCCUGACUUCCGAUUCGCCGCAUGGCAAAGCCUAGGGCCGCCAACUGCAAGCACCCUCACAGAAACUUCACCACGAACGGACUUUACCAACACAUCAGUCCGCCUAGAGCGGUACCAGCGCUGAAGCCUGAAGCGUUGCGGCAGUGGCUAAAGGAGGGCGACGUCGAGAGACUCCGCCAACUGGUCACCGACGGUCAGGGACACCGACUGUUGGGCGAGCGUCCUCCUGUGCCAGCUGCCAGGGGAUUUUUACGGACGCUACCUUCGCUCAUGGCCAGACAAGAAGAAGUUCACAUCGCUGCUGAAGAUGGCAAAGCAAACGAAGUGGCCGCCAUGCUUGAAAAGGGCGAUGAAGGUGCUCGCCUGGCCAUCAGCAAGGACGCCGCGGGCCUUGGUCUGCUGCACAAGGCGGUGCUCCGAGGGCACGUCGCCCUUGCUGAAUUGCUUGUGGAGAAGUACCCUUUGACCAUAAACCUCCGAGAUCAUGAGGGUAGGACGCCUUUGCACUACUGCGGGGCGAGUCCAGAGGCGAAUUUUAUGUGGGGCCUGCUGGAGGCAGCAGGAGCGGACUUGGACGUGGUGGACAGGCGUGGCAACAAGGCCAGGCAUUACCUCAACAUGAGCAAAAACGCGUCUGGCAGCAGCCUAGGUUCCUUGAAGCGAGUUCGUCGGCAGGAACCAGAUCUGCCCGUCAUCGUGACGAGGGCGCACAUUCGCAAGUGGAUUCACGAGCGAGAUUUGGGCAAGUUGGAAAAGCUGCUUUGGGCAGGCCACGGCGACAGGCUUUUGCUCGAAACCAGCGCCAGUCCCAAAGUCCGCGGCUUCCUGGAAUCAGUUCCUUACAUUCUGACGGUGAUAAAAGAGGCGCAUUGUGCUGCUGUCACGGACAACAUUCAACUCUGGCGUUUGCGAACGUCGCCUCCAGUACCUGAACACGUAGUUAUAAGUAAAGAUAAGAACGGUCUCGCCCCACUCCACAAGGCUGCUGGUCUCGGCCAUGUGGACAUUGUACACGAGAUCCUUACGCGCUUCCCAGACGCUCACAAAGCGACGGACGAAACAAAAAGAACUCCUUUGCACUACGCCGCCCUUUUGAAAACGGAUGGCCCUACUUACAGAGCUCUCAUGGACGCAGGAGCAGAUGAAAACGCUCCUGAUAAGAAAGGACACACGCCGUUGUUCUACGCACAACAUCCACAUGAUCACAUAGACUCGUCCUUGCUGACCCACGUGCCUGAGGCCCCAAGGGCGCACAGCAAGUUGCCCACGAGCUGGAAUUGGAACUUGCUCACGUUGGCUCCAAACGCGAUCGCCACUAACAUGGUGCCCGAACCUCUUCCUCUACCUCAGCUGCCGAAAAGGGCGGAAAAAGCGCCGUUGCCCAAUAUCAAAAGACAGCCGCCCAAACCUGUUCAGCCCAAGAACGAAAGCUCAAAAGAAUUGGACUUAAAACAAAGUCAAAAUAAAAUAGCGAAAAACCUACUUGACUCCAGCGAGACGAAAUUUUCUGCUUACCAGCCGCAAAUCCCAAAAAAGAAACCAAUCUUAGACAACAGCAGUUCCAAAAUUUCUGCAGAAAGUCCACACAAACCUUUGGAAACUUCCGGUGGCAAAUUUAAUAACCUUCCGUCUAGUCCGAUUAAACCAAUUGACACUUCUGGAGGCAAAUUUAAUUUGCCGUCAAGUCCAAUUAAACCAACUGACUCUUCGGGGGGUAAAUUUAACCUUCCCUCUAGUCCAGUGAAACCUUUAGAGACCUCCGGAGGAAAAUUCAACCUGCCUUCAAGUCCGAAGAAAAUCCUGGACCAAUCAGGAAGUCGCCUGAACACCUCCCUUGUUCAAACAAGUCCUAUGCGUGUAUACGACUCGUCUGGCACCAGGAUCAUUUCGACCCCUUCCGUUUACGUCAGUCGGCAACCCCUUUCGACCAUCCCCCUGGCGGCCACCGCCUUUCCCAGCUCUCGCGACUUUGACAUCGCCCAAACUCCUCCGACCACGUUCUCCUUUUCGCCGAGCACGUCCAACCGCACCCCUUUGGGCAUCAGCAGAAUCAACACCCCCUUCAACCCCAACAUUACCAGACCUCGGUUCAACCCCCCUGUGCCGCCAAGUACAGCUCCCGCUUCCACCCCCAACCAAUCAGCCUUUGCAACCACAACGGUGCCCAGCACUGCCCCUUCGGUCACCACUUCGACAGUCAACAAACCGUCAGAGGGUGUCAAGGAAAGGGUGGAGGUGAUACCUGAAACGCCACCCUUGGAAAGAGUUCAGAACCUUGCCACGGACGAGGAGCUUCUUCAAAAGGAGCUGGAAAUGAUUGAAAAGGAAGAGCAAGUUGGUGCAAGACUUCCUGAAAAAGCGGAGGCGGAACUGAAGAAGGAAGAUUUGGCUUCGGAUAAACCGGUUAGGCCAAUUUCACCCCCCGGCACUCGCAUGCACGCACCCCUGAUCGAAAAGUGGGUCAAUAACGUGGACAUGGCGCGGCUGGAGGACGCCCUGCUAGAAGGUCGCGGUCAGAGGGUGUUGAAAAUUAUUUCAAACUCGCCGAAGAGUGGCGAUUUUAAAGGAUUCGUUGCAAGAGCACCUGGAUUUAUGGAAGCAAUGAAAUUGAUCCACUCGGCCGCCAGGACUGGAAACCUCGAUCAACUGAAUGAACUCGUCGGAGUUUACAAGAGGAUUGCUUUGGCCAGGGAUGAGGAGGGUGCGCAACCCUUACACGCGGCCGUUAGGGCAGGAAACGAGGACGUUGCCUUGAGAAUUUUGGAGAUUUUUCCUCAAGGUGCUUCUGUUCCUGAUUGGGAGGGUCGAACUCCCUUGCAUUACGCAGCAAUGUGUCCUGACAUUGAGCGCGGAAUUUCAUGCUAUCAACUUUUAUUGGCGCACGGCGCACCGGAAAACGCAAAAGACGCGACUGGAAACACGGCGCGAGACUACCUGGAAGAAACUCAAUCGCAAGUGCAAAAUUACGAUGAAGUUGUGAACACGCAAGAUGCGAUCGUCAAAGUGGCAGAGGAAAACUCUGCCAUAACUCAAAGUUUACCGCCGAAGCCCAGCAAAGUGGAUGCCGUUUUAGAGGAGGCUAAACGACUGGUCGCUGAGCAGAACACGGAAAAACUGGCCGAGAUGGUGCUUGACGGCCACGGCGAAAAACUUUUAGGGCUGCACUCAACCAACCCCUACGUGCAGGGUCUUUUGGAAAAUGUUCCCGAGUACAUGUCAAAAAUCAAGAAGGUUCAUGAGGCGGCGGAGACAGGGGACAUGGUGGCCCUGCAGAAGGCCUUGGAGCGACGCAAGUUCGUCACAUCACGUGACAAGUACGGCGCCACCCCUCUGCAUAAAGCGGUGCUCCAUCAGCAGAUGACGGUGGUGCGGUACCUGGCCAGCCGCUUCCCUGAGAGUCUCAAGGCGCAGGACCAGGCAGGACGCACGGCCCUUCACUACUCGGCAGUCCUACCUGACAGAGGCAGCGUCUACGGAAUUCUGGCCUCUCUCGGGGCUGACGUCAACAUACGAGAUAUGCGUGGACAUACGGCCUUGGAUUACCAGCUUCACCACGAGCAGAAACGGAAUCACGCGCAACUUCUGCUCGAACUGGGCGGCGACCCCAAUCUGGCCGCCCUCGACCCGAUGGACCCGACUGCUACCCUGGCCACAUCGGCCGCUGGGGCCCUCACCAUGGACAUGCUUGAACCCGACCCAAGGGACAUGACUUUUGGUACCGAACCGUCUCUUGUGAAAAAUUCUUUGCCGCCGGUGACAGCUCACUUUGACGGAAAAGCGCUGCAAGAGCCGCUGGUCGAGGCGCUGAAGGAGGUAUCAAAAAAGCGUCCCCAGAACCCAAUUUCCUACCUGGCAAAUAUCCUCCACCAAUAUGCGAACAAAAGUGCAAAAAGCGAUGCAAAAAAGCUCAACGCGUUGCUUGAUAGCCUCGAGCAGGUAGCAUCUCCCAAUCAGUACAAUUAUCCUUCAGAAGUUACAAAAUUAUUGCUGUUUUCGCAGCAAGAGUCAGGUGGCGUGAAGACACCCGAAGUGGGCCCUCCCGUCCCAUUCAGUCCCUCCGAGGAAGCCGAUGAGGAGGACAAUGGCAGACUGACGGCGCCGCCGAUGCCGCAGAGCCGCGAUCGGCGCCUCGAGACGGCCGGCUCGAUGACGAGUGGCGUCGGCAGCACCAACAGAGACGAGUACGGCCAGAGCAUGCUGCACUUCGCCGCCGUCCGCUCGCACAGCCGCAACGCCUUCGCGCAGAUCCUCAAGGAGGCCGGUCUGAGCGUUGGACAGCGGGACAUGGUGUACCGGACUCCCAGGGACGUCGCCCUAGAAGCUGGUCUUCCCGAGAACGCCAGGGAUAUUGAUGAAUGGGUUCUGCACCUUGCAAUGGAAGGCGACACAACGAGAUUAGAGGAACUUCUAUUAGACGGAUACGAUCACAUUUUGGAUAUUGCAAAUUCAAGAGGGGUCGGAAUUAUAGACCUAGUAACGCAUGCUAAUGUGCAGGAAAGCGCUGCCUUUUUAAAUUCCAUCUCGGCUUUUGAAAGUCGUCGCGACUGGAUCCACUCUGCGAUAAGGAGCGGUGAUUUGGGCAAAGUGCGCGAGGUGCUCAACUCGAGCCGGCUGGCGGUGGCGCGCAACAAGUUCGGCAGAUGCGCCCUUCACGUCGCUGUCCUCACUGAGCAAGAGAAAAUCGUCGAGUUCAUCGCGAUCAAGUUUCCAAUUUGUCUCGCCGCCGGAGACAAUCUCGAAAGAACGGCGUUGCAUUACGCGAUGGCAAUGGACGAUGCAGAGAAGCUGAGCAUGAUUUUGGUCAAGGCCGGUGCCAAAAGGGUUACCAAGGAUUUGAAAGGAAGACAGCCGUCGUUCUACUUUGUCAACAGGGAGGAAAUAAUUAGUUUGAAGGAGGAGGAGAUGAGAGAGGUGCAUGGAGUAGUAGCCUGAGCCUAAUUUACAGGAUAAUUAAUUACAAUAUGUACCUGUAGCAAUCUGCAUAUAAAUAAAAUAGGGAUAUAAUAAUUGUCUAUGUUUAUAUAGCAACGCUUAAAAAGUUUAUAAAUUACUAUUUGUAACGCUUUAGAAAUUAAAUUUCGUAAAUUUUUGAGAAUA